AUGACGCGACCAUCUCUAGAAUCCAAGCGGCAUCACACCUUCGGCCUCCAUCGCAGCAGAAGCCACCUCUCGAGCAAGCCAUCCUCUCCACACCUCUUCGAAGGCACCGACGCUGUCCUCCAAAAACGCAAAGUUGCUCUUCGAAAUGUCAUACAGACGCACCACGCUCUCGAACGGAAAUACGGCCACGUCGCAACACCAACGAGUACCUCCAGCGAACGACCGACUUCAUCUUCCUCCUCCAUCUCCUACGAUCCCUUCACUACUGAUUUCGGCGACCUAUCUAUGCCCGACGCUGAAGUGCGCACGUUUCGGUAUCUUCUUCACAGAUGGGAACCCAAGAACCUGGAGUGGGCUGAUCCAGAAUUCGAAAAGGUGAUCGAGCGACGAAGGGAGAGCUUCGAAGAAGCGGCCAUCAAGCACUUCAUUAGUCGGGUUGCGCUGUGGGAUGCCAGUGGGCAGGAGCAACAGACCCAGUCACGAAGCGUAUUCUCAAUUUUCGGCAGGCGGAGGAGAUCGAGGGCGAAGAGCGAUGCGAGUAGAAUGCUAAGCAUCGCGGAAACGACGAAAGAGGAUCCUGACUUGGACGCGUUGAAGGAAGUUACUACGAGAGAGGGGUUGGCGCAACUACUAUCGACGUUAUUGAAGGACGAUGGGCCAGCGACCGCGAGAUUGAGAGAGGAGUGCAAGCAGGCGAUGCAUGAGUGGUAUCAGACGAAGUUUAUUACAGAUGGGUCGACGGACAGUUGA